AGAGACCUAGGCUCCCACGAAUCGGGCUUAUUCCAUGCACCAAGAAUUUGCAAGAUUUCUGUUGAGGGCCAUGUCUGCUUAAUGGGCGGAGCCAGCUGUCCUCAUUAGAAUAAAAUAAACACAUUCAACCCAUUUAUAAGUGGAAAAACAUGCAUCCUCAGUCUGCAGGCUGCAGAGGGUGGCCCCUGGCCGGAGAGCUCAGGCAGCAGGACAAGCAUCAGGGAGCAUGAGUUCCAAGUCAAAAUCCGUGGCGGUCAUCGGAGCCCCUUUCUCCAAGGGACAGCCUCGAGGAGGGGUAGAGAAAGGCCCUUCGGCACUGAGAAGAGCUGGCCUGGUGGAAAAACUGAAAGAACAAGAGUGUGAUGUGAAGGACUACGGGGACCUGUCCUUUACGGAUGUCCCUAAUGACGUCCCCUUUGGAAUUGUGAAGAAUCCCAGGACGGUGGGGAAAGCCACCGAGGAGCUGGCCAGCGAGGUGGCCGAGGUGCAGAAGAGCUGCAGAGUCAGCGUGGUGAUGGGCGGAGACCACAGCCUGGCGAUUGGCACCAUCUCCGGCCAUGCCAGGGUCCACCCUGACCUCGGUGUCAUCUGGGUCGAUGCUCACACGGACAUCAACACUCCUGUGACCACCACCACCGGGAACCUGCAUGGCCAACCUGUGUCCUUCCUCCUGAAGGAGCUGAAAGGAAAGAUCCCAGAGGUCCCGGGUUUCUCCUGGGUGACACCCUGCCUGUCUGCCAAGGACAUCGUGUACAUUGGCUUGAGAGAUGUGGACCCCGGGGAGCACUGCAUUGUGAAAACCCUGGGUAUCAAGUAUUUUUCAAUGACGGAAGUGGACAGACUGGGAAUCGGCAAGGUGAUGGAGGAAGCGCUGGCCUAUCUACUAGAAAGGAAGAAAAGGCCAAUUCAUCUGAGUCUUGAUGUCGAUGGGCUGGACCCUUCCAUCACACCUGCUACGGGCACGCCUGUCGUGGGAGGUCUGUCUCACCGAGAAGGCAUCUACAUCGCAGAAGAGAUUUACAAGACAGGGCUGCUCUCCGGACUAGACAUCAUGGAGGUAAACCCUGUGCUGGGGAAGACACCGGAGGAAGUCACUCGGACCGUGAACACGGCAGUGGCAGUGACUCUGGCUUGCUUUGGAGUGGCUCGCGAGGGUAACCAUGACCCUCACAAGGACUACCUUUCGCCGCCCAAGUAAAUGUGGAAACAUAUGCAAACCUCACCGCUAGUGACAUAAUUAGCAAAUCUAAUAAUUUAUUUAAGCCUGUAAUAAUCCUCCCAAAGAGCUGUUUUUUUCUGAGAAAUGUUUUCCCAAUUCAUGUAAUGAUGGGAGCAGGGCAAAGCCAUCUUAUGCUCUGUCUCGUCGAAGCUUGCACUCUAAGGUAGCGUGUGACUCUAAGGUAGUGUGGUGAGCUCCAACCUGUGUGUGUGUGGGAGAACUUGUGCACACGGCCUGUGUGCCUAACCUACCCUGUGAACCCCUCAUGAGAAAUUUAAGAGGCCUAGAGCCGCUCUUCGGCCGUCUCCCGGGUCAGUGCCUGCGGACUCUCUUCCUAGGGCUGCUGCCUGAGCUCUGCAACUGUCUGUGACGUCACUGUGUGGCUUCCAGCUGUCGAGGUCUCUGGAUCACCAUGAGAUCUGGUGCUGUCCAGGCCCAUGUUCUUGCGGGUGUUGGCCGGGAGGAAGCAAGGUCCUGGGCCGUGGGCGCCCAGCUUCUGCUGCGGGCGAGCUCCCCUCUGUCUUGCUGUGAAUGUGAUUGACGCUCAAUAAACCGCUGUGUUGGCUCUUGGCA